UUUUCCUUGGGUAUCUAUUUCUAUUUGGAUGCCUUUUAUAACCGGAUAAAGGUCAAUUGUGCUACUUCUCCAAGGGUCAAAAGGGGAGCUGAGAUUGGAUUAUCAUGCUUUUGCUAUUUUUUUCUAUCUGAAAAAGGUGCUUAUCCUGUUAUCCACAUGAGUGGCAUGACCACAGAUGCAGUUGGAGACGUGGAGUGUAGCCAUCCAAGAACCAGAAACAGUACAAAACUCUAAUGCAAUGGCCUCUUGUGGUCUGUGGCGAGCAUCAAGUCAGACAGGAUAUCUUGACGGAUUAGCUACCACCUACUACUUCCACUGCAAUAAUUUGCCAAUCGGUAAUUUGGUUCAUGCUGUUAAGGAAUUUUGAGAAAAGUAAUGGUAGCCACGGAGAUUGUUCUUUCUGUUGUACAAAAAACGAAGAUUUUUCUGAACGCAAAAAUAAAUAAUUCAUUCAAUUAGAUUUUUUUGAAUAAAUCAUUCAAUUAGAAUUAGAAAAAUAGAAAGGUACCAGUCUCCAAAGUGAAACUCUGUCAUAGCAAGGCCAGUUUCAGGAAGCGGAGCAGCAGGCCAGCAGCCAUGGAGGCGCUCUACCUGCUCGCCUCCUUGGCCGCUACCCUCGUCACCUCCGCUUUCCAAUCCCUCCUCCUCUUCCUCCGCGUCCUCUUCCAGCACAGACACGACUCCCGCGGUGGGUCCGCCGACGGCGCCGCCCGGCUGUACGAGGGCCGUGUCCGGCACUCGCGCCGGCGCCCGGCGACGCACGCCUUCGAGUACCCCGUGCGCUACGCGCUCGUCGACCUCGACAGCCUGCCGCUCCCAGACCACCUCUCCGCUGACGAAGCGCGCCGCAUCGCCUCCACCUCCGGCCCCGUGCGUCUCCUGACAAUACCCAAGAGCGUGGGGUACGAGCAGAACCCGCUAAGCAUUUACUACUGCUACAAUUCUGCGGGACUGGGACAAGAUGGGGAACUCAGGAUGUGCAUUGCUGAGGUCACAAACACUCCCUGGGGCGAGAGGGUGAUGUUUACCUUCCAACCGGACUCUGAUCUUGUUGCGAAGCCCUUGCAUGUCAGCCCCUUUAUGGAUAUGCUCGGCAACUGGAGUAUUCAUGUUGAUGCCCCUGGGGAUAGCCUAUAUGUUGUCAUAUCAGUUCAGCAUCCAACACUUGGGAACUAUUUCACUGCAGCUUUGCAUGCCAAAUUAGUUGGACACACAAGUAAUUCCUUGAGGCUGGCAACUUUCUUCUGGCUUAUGCCACACAAAGUUGCUGCAUGGAUAUACUGGGAGGCCCUCAGACUUUGGCUGAAGAACGUCAAAUUCCUGGACCAUCCCAGGUAUUUGAGCCUGAAUUACAGGGAUGAAGCACUGAAGCGUGACCUGGAGCUCCGUUCCACUUGUAGCUUCCUUCUGAAACAGAAGGCAGACAACCAAAGAAGCAGCAGCAUCGACGUCUCGCGUGAAAUCUCAAACCAUCUAGAUAGCAAGGGUGACGAUAACAUCACCAAGAGGUGGUGCAUCUGGAGGGAUGCUCAAUGGCCAUGGUCAUGACACUACAAAGAGAUUCCAAUUUGUGCUCAUUGCAAUACCGUCUGAUACUCCCCCCUGUAUAAUUAAUCAUCGUCAUUUGAUUUGAUUGAUGUGUUUGCAGACACUGCAAGUUGUGAGCACCCGAUAAUUGACAUUGCCCCUUUCAUGUUCACUAUUAACAAAGAGAAGAUUAGUUGCGGCAUGUUUUGCUGAAAAGAAACAUUUUCUUCAGUUUA